AUGCAAACAAUAAGCGAAGACUCAAAUACAAACUAUGACAAAAUCUUUCUAGGAUAUAGGUUACCUGAGAUGGGCGACCAGAGCCCAAAGGCAAAAAGGACAUGGGAAAUUUACAACAUACUAGGUGAACAUGAGGCAAAGAUGCUACAACUUGAAGCAGAGGGCAAGUUACCAAAAGCGACACCAAAGAAGAAGAGAAGAGUAGAACAAAGUGAAAGUAGUGAAGAAGUAAUUUCAUCUAGUGAAAGUAGUGGCAAUGAAGGAAAAAGAAGAGUUAAAGAUUCAGUUAAAAAGUCAGCCAGGAAGAAAGUAAAGCUUGGUCCGAAUGGGUUCUAUUAUGACACAUAA